AUGGCAAUGAAGAUACAGAGCUUUAACUUACUAGUUUUAGAAGGAUCACCGUGCCAUGAGAGGGAGCUAUACCUAUUAGAGGUCCGGCGAGUAGUGAAGGAAGUUCCAGCUGGUGGAAUAGGGAUAGUAGGCUAUGGGUCGGUAGUGAUAGUUUCUAUUGUAGGAGAAAGAGUGGGGAAUUUUUGUAAGUAUCGUGAUCGGUGUGGAGUAGAGAUAUUGGUAAAAGAUGACAGCUUAUGUGAAGAAGUUAUAGGGGUGAGUUUAUACGGUGAUGGGGAAUCGGAUGUUGUGGAGAGUAUCCGGUUUGGUAACGAGGAGUGGCAAAGAAGUGAUUUCUAA